AUGUCAUUAACAAACAACACUCCCAUAAAUUUAUCGGACGAUUUAAUAAAUAAUUUUGAAAAUUCGAUCAAAUCUUUUAUAUCUUAUUUAAUUCAAGAUCCAAUUAGUGGUUCUAGUUCAAGUGUGUUACCAAUAUCAAGUUGUUACAAUGUGCAUCAUAUUUCCAAUCCAUCAUCGGCAUCCAGUUCAUCUUCUGAGCAAAAUGUAUUAGCUAUUGAGAAUUAUACACGUCGUAUUCAUGAAUCAGCAAAUGAAAUUGAGUGUAAUUUAUUACAAUUAAAAUGUCUUGUACAUAAAAAAUGGCCGGAUGAACAAGUCUUAGAAACAAUAACAGACUUAAAAUAUAACAUUGAACGAAAAGAAUCAUUAUUAAAAGAUUUUCAACAACAUUUAAACGAUUCCAUUGGUGAUUUUAGUGUAGAAAAUACGGAAAGUUUAAAUGGACUACUUGAAGAACUUAGUCGUGGAGCAGGAACAGGUGGAUCUCUUGGAGGUGUUCUUGGAUCAGAUUUACAAUCAUCUUUAUCGCCACAACAACAAGCAACGACGUCUGGCGAUUUUCAACGACAACAACGUUAUAAUGAUAUAACCUCAAUGUUGACGUCUUCAUCCACAAUGGAUGGUAUGUCUAAUACAACCAUCAAUGAUCCACUUCGACAGUUAUUAAGCUAA